GAUGGAUUAUUUAUUUAUUUUUUUUGUAUGUGCAUCUUGGAUUUGCUUUAUCUUGAUUUUUUUUGUUAUUACGUUGUUUCUAUUAUAAAUAUAUCUGAUGGCGUUCUUUAAUAUUUAUCUUUUUAUGGUUUUAUUUUGACGGUUUUGUUUUUGAAUCAUUACAUUUACAUGUCAACUUCUCCAAUUCUAUUUAUAUUUUUCCUGCUUUUGUCCUGGGCCCCCAAAGUCAAUGCAGCGCCCCUGUGGGACCCUUCAGUGAGUCGUUGCUGGAGGAUUCCAGAUCCAUGCAUUUCCCAGAAAUCCACUCCGGGUCUUGCGGGACUCCAGUUUUUAAAAUCCACCUCUCGUUUGGAGCGGAGAAGAACAGCGCAGCGGCGGGGCGGCAGAUGACCCGGCGCAGCAGCGAGGCGCACCACAGCCCUCUAACAGAUGAAAGGAUGGGGGGCUUCAGCAGCAGCUGAGCGCGCGGAGCCGCGAGCUGGGGGCUGAGGGGGACACUUUCUGCUCACUCCGGCCGACUUUCACUGGAUCUAUUCCCCACUCCAAGCAACAUGCCAUUUGCCAAACGGGUGGUGGAGCCGCAGUUCCUGUGCAGGUAUCAGGUCCCGAACGAGGAGGGUCUGGCUUUCGAGGAUCUGGUCUCCAUCAGUAACGUGGCUCUGUCUCGGACCCUGCGCCAGCUGUCGGACUUGGCCAAACAUGCCUGCUCCAUUUUCCAGGAGCUGGAGGUCGAGCUCACCUCCACCAAGCAGCGUCUGGGCGGGCUGCACGGCAGGCUCAGCCUGCUCCAGCAGACCUGCAACGGGCUGGACCCCAAAGAGGAGGCAGUGCCGGUCUCUAAUCUGGACGUGGAGAGUAAGCUGACCGAACACUUCCAGUCUUCCUGGCUCCAGCAGAGGAACCUUCUCAACUCCUCCACACGGCCAGCAUGCAUAGAAGACCUCCACAAGCAAGCCAGCCUGAGUCUGUGGGCCCUGAACCGAGAUCACCAGAGAGCGUCAGGCAGCGGGGAGAGGCGAGUAACCAUCUCUGCCUUGCCCCCCAUGCCCCUGUACCCCUCCUCCAGCCCUGUCAAGACGCUCCAACCCACCCGCUCCUCCUCCCCCACCGAAUGUUGCCGCCUCUCCCCCUGGAGCAGAAAGGCUGCACGCUCUGACCCCGACACUGACGGGGUGGCUCUAGGUCACCGGUCUAAGCUUCCCAUCCCUAACACCCCCUCCACUCUGGACAAGCAGACUAACUGGUCUAGAGCUCUGCCGCUGCCCACCCCAGAGGAGAGAAUGAAAAGCAGCUCCCAAGUCAUCAGCUCAUGCAUCAUCCCUAUUAAUGUGACCGGGGUCGGCUUUGACAGAGAUGCUAGUGUGCGCUGCUCGCUGGUUCACUCGCAGUCCGUGCUACAGAGGAGACGGAAGCUGAGGAGACGCAGGACUGUGGCCGGCGUUCCCAGACAGGUGCACCCGGAUCUAGAUUCUGACGAGUCCCCUGGUUCCAGAGAGCGAACGGUGAUCGUUCACGCAAGCCUCGACCUCACCCCCUCACGCGAAGAGAUUAGCACCCAUCUAACCACCAGAGACUCAGGCUGCCAGACAGAAGACUUCCUGAUCUCAGGAGCGCCGUCUCGGAGGAAGAUCAGGAGCCAGAGGGGUCAGGGAAUCUCCCUCUUGCUCUCCCACUCCGCAGGAAACAUCUCCUCCCUGGCGGACGGCGGUGACGGCAUGUUCUCUGCGCCCGGAGCUCAGCUGCGUUCUCGGAGUCUGCCCAGAGACACCAGCCGGCUGAUGGACGAUGAGCAGAACAACAGCGACAAUGAGGAGGAGCUUUCCCUGUUCAACACCGAGGACUUCAUGGCGGGACACCGGGAGAGGAUCCUGAAGGAGGAAGAGGAGAGCACGGACGACCAGGCUGGACCAGAGCACCGGAAGUACAAGCAGCUGUCGGACAGUCCAGAGCGCUGCUGGAUGGAGCGAAGCCGAGGCCAACUGCCCCGCAGCAGCUGUGAGAUCUCCUCCAGCUCGGACACCUUCAGCAGCCCGGUGCACUCCGUCUCCGCUGCGGGGGGCCUGGGGGGGCAGAUGGACCAUAAGGAGGACCACCAGUCCUCCAGUGGGAACUGGAGCGGGAGCAGCUCCACCUGCCCCUCCCAGACAUCCGAAACUAUCCCCCCUGCAGCCUCCCCGCCCCUGACCAGCUCCUCCCACUGUGACUCAGAGCUGUCGCUGAACGCCGCCUCUCACGCCGCCGAAGACGCCACCGGCUUCAUGCUGGACCACUACCAGGGCCUCAGGACCCAGCGGGUGGGUUCCUUCUCCUCCACCGCCAUGGAUAUCCUAGAGGAAGUGGGAGCUGGCACGCCCAUCGAAGGGGAGUGGGGUUACCCCCACGCCGACCCGCCCCACUCGCAGGGCUUCAGCCCCGAGCCGAGCAGGGAGGCGGAGAGCAGCCUGGGCUGCCCCAGCUUCACCAGCAUGGCCACCUGUGAGAGCAGCUUCUCCGACAAACCCCCCUCGGAGAAAGCCGACACCGUCUCCCAUUACUCCGUGGACACGGAGGGCUACUACACCUCCAUGCACUUUGACUGCGGCCUGAAGGGCAGCAGGAGCUUCACCUACAGCUAUGCACCCUCAGACUGCGGCCUGUCUGACUCCAGCCCCCACCUGACCCUCGGGAGGCGCUGCCUGUCCUUACGGAAACCAAAGGUGAAGCCGUCUCCGCCAAAGAGGAGCUCCUCCUUAAGGAAAAUAUGCAGUGAGGGAAGCAUCCCCGACACGUCAGAACCAAAGAUCUUUCAGAGACUUCCUUUGACCUCGAAGGAGAGGAAGCUGCAGCUCCUGCUGUCUGGCUCCUACGAAAACUCCUCACAGAUCAAAGAGCCGUUGGUGGCCUGGGGGGUCGAGGGCUCAACUCUGCCCGGUUGUGGCCUCUAUGGCUCCUCUGACGCCCGUUUAUUCAGAGAUUGUGGCAUAGCUCAGUCAGAUGAGGUGGAUCUGUGGCUCCUGAACGAUUAUAAAUCCAGCGAUCCGUACCGAUCCCUGUCCAACUCCAGCACGGCCACCGGCACCACCGUCAUCGAGUGCAUGAAGUCUCAGGAGGGCUCAGAGUCCCAAGCGUCCCAGUCCGGCUCCAGGUCCACCACCCCCUCGCUUCCAUCGGUGGAGGGGGAGUUCAAGCUGACGUCUCCGGAAAAAUUAGCUGGCCUGGCCAGCCCAUCGAGCGGCUACUCCAGCCAGUCCGAAACCCCCACCUCCUCCUUUCCUAACACCUUCUUUCCCGGGCCGCUGUCACCCGCAGGAACGAAGAGGAAACCCAAAGUCCCAGAGAGGAAGUCUUCCCUGUCGUCUCUGUCUCUUCAGACCCAGUCCGGCAGGGACGGAGUCACUUCGAAGAGGGAUCUGGAGCUGCCAGUGACUCCCCCCUCCCACCUCGACUUAAGUGCCCUUCACAGUGGGAACAGCAAGGCCUCAGCCUGCAGGAGUGUGGAGCAAAACCUUCACGAGAACAAACAAAACGCUUCCAUUUCAGCAAAACCUCCAAACUCAGAACAGAUUAAUGCCCACCCCCUGCUCAUCACCCCCUCCGUACUGAACUCCGUGCAGCUCCGAACCGUCAGCAAGGAGAACGAGGAGGGAGCGGUCAGGAUCUCCUCCAGUAAACUCUCCAGCAGUAGAUCUUUUGAGCUCAAAAGUCCUUCACUAAACCACCAAAUUCAUCCUUAUUUACCCACAAAGAAGUCAACAUUUACCUCAAGUGAGGAGCUGAGGAGCGAGACUCUCAACCAGCGGGACAAAGAGGAGAGCAACACUACAGUCGGGCUGCGGCCAGAACCGAGCUCGGACCUGAAAGACGCAGAAAUCCUCGAGAGAUCCUGGAGUGAUGAAGGAGAGAUGUGCGCAGAGUCUGCAGACACUUCCAUCAGCUCCGCAGACUCAGAGGCUCCACAGGAGCUCGCCGAGCCUCCCGCAGGAGACCCGUGUCCGUCUCCUCCCGUCCUGCACAGCUCCCCCAAGAGAUGCAGCAGUCUGGACAAAGUGCCUGCUGCAGACGGACAGCUGGAGGCUUCACGGGACAGCGAGGCAGAAAACAGUUCAUCAGGGGUUUCAGCUGAAAGUGCCUCACAGGACGGAGGAGAGGAGUCCACAGCUGAGAGGGAGGACUCCUUCAGUAAAGAGUCCUCCCUCAGCGACAGCUCCGUGUCUCCACUGCAUGACGAGUCUAGACCUGAGGAGGACAGCGUGUUUGUGUCGCCCACCAAGUCCCGCACCACGGAGGAUCUGUUUGCCAUGAUUCACAGGUCUAAGAGGAAGGUGUUGGGGAGGAAGGACUCCACCGAGCUGGGCGGAAGGAGCCGCCUCGGUGCCGCCUCGGGAAACACGCCACCUGGCAGCACCGGCGGCUCACCACCCCCUCUGCCAUCGCCCCCUUCUGCUGCGACCCCACCCAGUCUCCAUAAAGUGUCUAGUCCCAUCUACAGGAGCGUCAAGAAGUCCAGCACCUCCAACGAGGAGUUCAAGCUGCUCCUGCUGAGGAAGGGAAGCCGCUCCGAUUCCAGCUACCGCAUGUCGGCUGCCGAGAUCCUCAAGAGCCCCGUGACUCCUAAACCUCCUGCAGAUUUCCUGACAGAGUCCCCCAGGCAGGCGAUGGAGCCCGCCUCCCCGCUGCUGCCGCCCGCUCUGGACCAGCUCUCCAGCCCCUACCCCAAAGCCAACGCUGACAGCUUCUCCCCGAAAUCCUUCUUCACAGCUGCCGCCUCCCGGCAGAGCCGCUCCAGGAUCCCCCCGCCUGCCAGCAGCAGCCGCUACAGCGUGCGCAGCAGGAUGUACUCCACCCCCAUGCAGGCCAUCUCCGAGGGCGAGGCGGAGAACUCUGACGGGAGCCCCCACGACGACCGCUCGUCCCAGGGGUCCACGUAGGAGAGGGACGGGGGACGAAACCACACAAACAGACCUGAGUGGAAUAUGAAAUAUUUCUACAGAAACGCCAGGAGGUUUUGGACUGGGUACUCUUUUGUUUGGGAAGACUUUUCUACAAAAUAGGAGAGUUGUCAACAGAAACAGAAGCAUCCUGUUGAAAACAAGAUUAUUUAAAAUGAACAAAGGAAUAUUUUUGUUUUUUAAAGACACUUUUGUUUUUUCCUGGUUGCCUUCCUUUAACAGCACACUCACCUUUUUCUGUAGAUUCUUCCCAAAACGGGAAACUUUUCCUUCUGGACCUUCUUUUUAGUUUUUUUAUCAAAUAUAUGUAUUCUGUGAAUACCUAUGCAAUGACACACUUGUAGAGUCAUACCAAAUCUGUGAGCCCUUCCCUCCUGAACGCCACGACAGACUCUGAGCUGUAAACCUUUGGUGUUUAUGUUCAUGUUUUUGGAAAACUGCAUUUCCAGCAACGUGUUUUAGCGUCCCCCCUUGAAAAAAAUAAUAAUAAUCACCAAAAAUUCUCCAAAAACGUGAAAAUGAUCAUUCAGUACACUAACACAACAACCUGUGGAGACAGGAAGGGGGCAGGUGUGAACAUGGGGGCGUGAGCAGGUGAUCAAAGCUGACAAAAGGGACUCAGAAGGUCAGGUGUUUGAGGAACUUACCGGUUUGCUGAUUUGGUGUGUUUGUGAAUUGUUGACAGAGGCGAGUGGAAAGUGCUCAGGAGGAGGCCUUACUUUACCAGCAGGAGACAAAAGUGACGGUCAGGUUGUAAAAACGGAGCCAGGUCAUCAUAUCUGAUGACAGUUUGGGCAUUUUAGCAGCUUUCAGUGCCAAACGCUCCUCAAUGCUUUCCCCAUCAAACCUUUUCAAAGUUUUGUAUUUAUUUUUUUAUAACAAGCACAAACAAAACCUUAUGCAAUGAAUCACAGGUAUUUUUGAUGAAAUAUUUUAUCCAGAUAAUCCCACUGCAGCAACUCUUAAUCUGUAUGAGUAUAUUUGUCGAAUUUCCAAUCAGAUUAUAUAUAUUCAAUAUAAUACAACAGGAAAAGGUUCACUAAGACAGAAUGAAUUAUUUAAUUUUAAAGUUUUUCAUUUGUUUAAUUGUCAGAUUCAUUUAGUCAAUAACAAAUAAAACUGUACUAUAUCCCUGGAAAACCCACUGGGUCAAAUAUGGUCAAAUUUGUUUUCUAUUAUUGUUAAUCUUAAUAUUUUUAUUUAAUAUUUUUUAGCCACUGUUAACCAAAUAUUGAACAAACAAAAAUAAACUGUCAAAUUAACUUUCGAAUCCCAGAAGAACAUUCUUGAGUCUUCCAGGGAUAUUUGAGGUUAUUUUUGAGGAAUGGGAGGUCAAAUCAAGCUUAACGGGUCAUUUAAAUAAGAGUUUUGGAAAAAAAAGUUUUGAUCUUAUCUUUGAUACAAAAGUAAAGAAGAGAUGUCAUGAAUUGUGAACAGCCAUAAGCUACUUGAGGUGAUAGUGAUCACGCUGAUGUGUGUUCUUUUUUUCCAAUCGUUUUACAAAUCUCUUUGAUUACAGUGUUCUCACCAUGUCGCCCAGCAGGACGAAAGAAACACUGAAAAAAAUAAUUUUGUCCUAAACGACUCUCCAUAGAAACAGGUAACAGGGCUUCAUUCCAAGGUCAAAUUUUUGAACUUGUAGGUGGAAGUAGAGGCUGUCCUAACUCAGAGUUUGACUUAAAAUCUCAUCAGUUAAACAUUUAAAUUUAAAUUCUGUUUUCAAUAAUUAGAAGCAAGCAAAAUAUAAGACAGUCAAAAAAAAUUCAGUCAGAAAAGUUUGGAUCUGCAUUUGUGAAAAAAAAUGCGACACGAAAAACGUGUUAGCUUUUAUCCAUACACUCCAGGUUAAGGACCGUACACAUAUUUCAGCUCUUUUUAUAGCUCAAAGUGUAUUCUGCAAUUUAUAUUUAAGUUGAAAUGUCCUUUAUUGAUAAAAACAUAUCAUAGAUAUGGACAACAAGUUCCUCAAAUUUGUUUGUUUUCCAGCUCUUCUUAAUGAGUUUAAGCUAGCUUCUAUCCAGCUAUAGCACACGAGUCUGAGAAGCUAACAAAGCUAAAAUGAUUUUGGUUUUUAACAUGUUCCUCUGUUUCAGCUCAAGCAUCCAUCAAUCUCCAGUGAGAAUGAUUCCAAACUGUUUGCUGGGGGGUUUGUACACUGUACUGUCAGCUAUCAUUUGUCCUUUUUUAUGUACAAACUUGUAAAUACACAAGCUUCUCUGGAAAUGCUGCAGAGGUUGUUGAAUUGUUUUUAAUGUAAAAAGAAAAUACUUCUUUUUUUUUCAAAGUUUACAUUGAUUUCACACCUUUGUACAUUUCUGAGUUGUGGAACACAUUGUCUUGUAUUUAUUUUUCAGUAAACCUUGUGGAAAUCCCAUAAUAAAUCAAGUGUAUGAACAGGUGAAUAAAUGUGACUGCUUCA